AAUCAAUGAAUGCAUGAAUGAAGACUUCUAAAAUCUUUAAGAGGUCUUUUGUGUGUCUAAAUAGCUAAAAUGAUGAAGUCUAAGUACAUGAUAUUUCCUUUUGUGCCAAAGGACGCGAGCAAAGCUCUUAAAACCCUUUUAUCUAGAUUAUGGAGACAUCAGAUGAGCGAGUGAACGAAAGUCUGCCGAGGACAGGCCUGCAGAAGAGUCCUGAGUCUGUGCAACAUGAGAAGCGGCUGUUUGAGAGCGCGGGCACGAGCAGGACCACCACUAGAGGCAGCCUUCGCUUUGGGACCCUCAGCCAUCACUCCUUCUUCUCCAGACACAAUCCUCAUCCACACAGAGUCAGGCAUUUGCAAGGGUUGAAUGGCAAGCCGGUUUGCAUGGUGAAUGAUGACUGGUACGGCUUCACCCCUCUCUAUCCGCAUCCACUCAUUAAAAGUCAAGUGUCUGUGAGUCGUUCAGCGGCGUUUCUCACACCUGAGAUCGGCUCAGAUCGCUCUGGACCGCGAGCAGCACUCAUUUCUGAAAGCUGGCGUGAGGAACUGAAGGAUUUGGCCACUAAAGUCAGUCUUUCAGCGGCCGCUGAUGACAAGAGAGAGAAACUCCGAGAUGAGGAAGCUCCUCGCAGGAAGACGCAGUAUUCGGCGCAGUCCGGCCGGAUCAUCCCCACCACGUCCUGGGGAGGGAAGAAACGCAGCAGCCGGACGUCACACAAACGCCUGGGGAUGCAGCGAUGGCAGACGCAGACGCUGGAAGGAGUGGAGCUCAAGGUGCUGGAGCUCUUGUGUCAGAUCCUGCAGACUGAUUCUCUCUCCAUGGUUCAGCAGUGGCUUUUGCUGGCGAGUGACAAAGAGAAAGAGCUGGUUCAGGGGUUACUCCAGCAAGCCAUGGCCGACUCGAGCUCUCUGACCCAGCAGACGUCUGGAUCCCCACUGCUGCCCUUGACGUCUGAAGCUCUGCCGGAUCACGUGUUCCUCAACUCGUCCAUCAGCCAGAGAAAGACCAGUUCUCAUCUCGCGGAGGCGUUACAGAACAAACCAGAGCGGAUCGGGGAGGCAGAAGUUCUCACGCUGUACCCAGAAGACACAUAACACCGCUUCAGUCAUCACCACAACAUCAACAUCAUAUUAAUGUCAUGUUGCUGAAUUAGUUUGCUCUUUUAGCAGUUAUAUUAUUGCAAUCAUCAUAGUGUAAUGCAAUGUUCAUUUUUCACUUAUUGCUAAUAAAGCAUAUACACAGA